GUCGUCGCCCUGUGGGGCCGCCGUUCCGGAGCAGCCAUGGAGACGCCCUCGGGUGCCAGGGGCUCGGCGGUCUCACCUCUGAUCCUCUUCUUCCUGCUGGAGCUCGCCGCCGCCGCUGCCGCCACGGAAAUACCCCUCUCAGUCCCGCAGGUGCCGACCAUCACGAAGCAGUCCAACGUGCUGGUCGCCUUCCCCUUCGACGAGCACUUCGAGAUCGAGUGCGAGGCCAAAGGGAACCCGCCACCACAAUUCACGUGGACGAAAGACGACAAGCCCUUCGACCUCUCCGACCCGCGGGUCAUCGCCUCCAACCACUCGGGGACCUUCCGGAUCCCCAACGAGGGGCACGUCGCGCACUUCCAGGGCCGGUACCGCUGCUUCGCCUCCAACCGGCUGGGCGCCGCCGUGUCGGAGGAGAUGGAGUUCAUCGUCCCCAACGUCCCCAAGUUCCCGAAGGAGAAGAUCGAGCCCCUGGAGGUGGAGGAGGGGGACUCGGUCGUGCUGCGCUGCAAGCCCCCCGCCGGCCUGCCCCCGCUGCACAUCUACUGGAUGAACAUCGAGCUGGAGCACAUCGAGCAGGACGAGCGGGUGUACACGAGCCAGGAGGGGGACCUGUACUUCGCCCACGUGGAGGAGAGCGACAGCCGCAGCGACUACGGCUGCUUCGCCGCCUUCCCCCGGCUGCGGACCAUCGUGCAGAAGGUGCCCAUGAGGCUGACGGUCAGCAGCUUAAAGCGUAACUCCUCGGGCCCAUCCACAGAAACUGGUUCUAAGGCGAACUCGAUCAAGCAGAGGGAGCCCAAGCUGCUGCUGCCACCGGACGCCGAGAGGAGCCCCGAGCACCCGGUCACCGUCCUGCGCGGGGACACGCUGUUGCUGGAGUGCUUCGCCGAGGGCCUGCCGACCCCGCGGAUCGAGUGGGAGAAGGUGGGCGGCGACCUGCCCAGAGGCAGGGAGGCCCGGGAGAGCCACGGCAAGGUGCUGAAGGUACAGCAGGUCUCCUACGAGGACCGGGGGCGCUACCGCUGCACGGCCUCCAACGCCCUGGGCGCGGCCACCCACGACUUCCACGUCACGGUCGAAGAGCCCCCGCGCUGGGUGAAGAAGCCGCAGAGCGGCGUGUACAGCACGGGGACCAGUGUCAUCCUGCUGUGCGAGGCGGAAGGAGAGCCCAAGCCCACCAUCCGGUGGCGAGUCAACGGCUUGCCCAUCGAAGAAAACCCGUUCGCGGGCGACGUCGUCUUCCGGGAGGUGAGCUUCGCCAACCUGCAGCCCAACCACUCCGCCGUGUACCAGUGCGAGGCCACCAACGCGCACGGCACCAUCCUGGCCACCGCCAACGUGGACGUCGUCGAUAUCCCUCCGCUGAUACAAACCGACGACGGAGAAGCCUACGCCGCCGUGGCCGGGUCCAGCGUGUCCCUGCUCUGCGACUUCUUCGCCUCGCCGCAGGCGGUGGUGUCCUGGCUGAGGGUGGAGGAGCUCCGGCCCGUGGCGGGGCCGCGGCACCACGUCUAUGACAACGGCACCCUGCGCAUCAGCGGGGCCACCGAGGAGGACGCCGGCUCCUACACCUGCUGGGUGGAGAACGCCAAAGGCAAGACGGCGGUCACGGCCAGCCUGGACGUCCGAGAGGCCACCACCGUCCGGGUCUCCCCUGAGAACCCGCGCGUGCACCGGUCACGCACGCUGGAGCUGCGCUGCGAGAGCCGCUGCGACCCGCACCUGGCGCCCAGUCUGACGCUGGCCUGGAGCAAAGACGGGGACGCGCUGCCGACCAACGGCACGGAGGACGGCAGGGUGGUCCUCGACGGGGCCCGGCUGACCCUCUCCAACGUCACGCCGGAGGACCAGGGUGUGUAUGCUUGCACAGCCCGCACCGCUCUGGACAGCGUGGCCGACAGAACCCACGUGACGGUCCUCGACGUCCCAGACCCCCCGGAGAACCUGCGCCUGUCGGAGCGGCAGAACCGCAGCGUGCGGCUGGCGUGGGAUGCGGGGGACGACCACAACAGCAACGUCACCGAGUACAUCGUGGAGUUCGAAGGAGACAGGGAGGCGCCCGGCAGGUGGGCGGCGCUGACCACGGUCCGCGGGGAGGGAACCUCGGCCCUGCUCUGGCUGGCCCCCUACGUGAGGUACCGGUUCAGGGUCGUCGCCGUGAACGAAGUGGGCAGGAGCCGCCCCAGCAGGCCCUCCGACCACCACGAGACGCCGCCGGCAGCUCCGGACAAGAAUCCACAGAACAUCAGGGUCCAAGCCUCUCAGCCCAAGGAAAUGAUUAUAAAGUGGGAGCCCCUGAAGCCCCUGGAGCAGAAUGGCCCGGGUCUGGAGUACCGCGUGGCCUGGCGGCCCCAGGGUGCGCCCGCUGAGUGGCAGGAGGAGACAGUCCGGGAGCACAGCCUGCGGGUGAUGACGCCGGCGGUCUACGCACCCUACGACGUGCAGGUGCAAGCCGUCAACCGCCUGGGCGCCGGGCCCGAGCCGCGACCCGUGACCCUGUACUCGGGAGAGGACUAUCCCGACGCGGCCCCGGAGGUCCAGGGGGUGGAGGUCGUGAACAGCACGCUGGUCCGAGUCACCUGGUCCUCGGUGCCCAAGGACAGAGUGCACGGGCAGCUGAGGGGAUACCAGAUCACCUGGUGGAAGACCAGGAGCCUGCUGGACGGCCGGCCGCUGCCCAGGGAGGCGCGCUCGCUGCGGCUCCCCGGCCCGCGGGGCUCCGGCAUGCUGCCCGCGCUGGACGCCUUCAGCGAGUUCCGCCUCACCGUCCUGGCCUACAACUCCAAGGGCGCCGGGCCCGAGAGCGAGCCCUACACCUUCCAGACGCCGGAGGGAGUUCCCGAGCAGCCGGCGUUCCUGAAGGUCGUCAAGGUCGACAGGGACGCGGCCACGGUGGCCUGGGGGCUGCCCGAGAAGCUGAACGGCCACCUGGUCGGCUUCCUGCUGCAGUACCAGACGAUCAACGACACGGAGGAGAUCGGGGAGCUGCACGCCGUCAACCUCACCGCUCUGGCCCCGCCCCGCUGGCGCCUGUCGGGCCUGCAAACCAGCACCAAGUACAAGCUCUACCUGCGGGCCUGCACGGCCCGGGGCUGCGGCAAGGCCGUCACGGAGGAGACCGCCACGCUGGGGGCCGGCGGCAAAGGGGCCGGGCCGACGGCAGCAGGAGUCAAUGCCACUCAGCAGGGCCCCCCGCUGGAGGCCCUCCCUGCGCCCGGAGCUGAGCCCGCGGUGCGCCUGCUGACUAAGACCUGGGUGGAUAACAAUAGCAUUUUCGAGGAUGUGGUUGAGGCGAGAGGGAGAGAGCACGCGGGCCUGUACGCGGACAUCGCCACGCAGGGCUGGUUCAUCGGGCUGAUGUGCGCCGUGGCCGCCCUCACGCUCGUCCUGCUGACCGUCUGCUUCGUGAGGAGGAACCGCGGCGGGAAGUACUCAGUGAAGGAGAAGGAAGACCUGCACCCGGACCCGGAGGUGCAGUCGGGGAAGGACGAGACCUUCGGCGACUACAGUGACAGCGACGAGAAGCCGCUGCGCGGGAGCCCCCGGUCCCUGCACCGGGACACGCAGGCCACGGAGAGCGCGGACAGCCUGGUGCAGUACGGGGACGGGGACCACCGCCUGUUCAGCGAGGACGGGUCCUUCAUCGGCGCCUACGCGGGCUCCAAGGAGAGGGGCUCCGCGGAGAGCAACACCAGCUCCGUGGCCACCUUCCCGCUGCGGGCGUGACCGGCCCGCCGGCCUCCUGCGCCCACCUGCUGCGG